GUUCAUCCCAACAUCCGUCCCCCACGGCAUAUUAAGCCUAAUGCGCCAAUCACAAAUGUACGCCAAAAGGUGUGCGAGUACUAUGCCUAGAAUCUUGGGUUGGCCUACGGCCUCGCUUGCAGUUUGCAGUGGUUUGGCAUGCUGGAAUGGUGUGCCGCUAGCUUUGAUGCGGCAUCCCGUGGAUAUCCAAGCCGUGUCUGUAUAAUGAAGAUAUGAAAUCGUGGAAUUCUCUUCUGGUUCCUUUCACCUAGUCAUCUAAAGCAUUUCUGUGUGGUCCAAAUAGUUGGCACGACUCCUAACAUGGCAGCUACUCAGCGACAUGAGAAGACGACAGCCUCAACUCCUAGUCCUCAUCAUGACACCGAAUCGGGCGCGGCUCCAACGUCAACCGACAAAGACAUAGCAAUCGACCUCGUCGGCGAACAUGCCCAAGAUAUCGAUCCAGAAACCGAAGCAAAAGUGCUCCGAAAGAUCGAUUUGUUCCUUAUCCCCGCCAUGAUCGUGGGAUACGGUCUUGUCUACUAUGACAAAGCCAUUCUCGGUUCCGCCGCCCUCUUCGGCAUGACAGCGGACCUUUCCUUGAGCGUCGUUACAAACGCCUCCACAACACCCCCGACAGUCUCUACCACCCGUCUGUCCUGGGCAACAUCCCUCUUUUACUUCGGAAUGCUAGCAGGCCUAUAUCCUCUAACCUUUGCCCUCCAGCGCUUCAAUUUGGGCCGAAUCUUAGGCGCUGUUGUACUCCUCUGGUCACUAAUCUGUAUGUUGACAGCUACCGUAACCACCCACGAGGGCUUGUUUGCGCAGCGAUUCUUCCUCGGUUUCGUGGAAAGCAUCAUACCCACCGGUUUCAUGACAAUCAUAUCGUCUUACUACACUCAACGCGAGCAAUCCAUUCGACAAUCUUGGUGGUUCAGCUCAACAGGCCUAUUUACCAUCAUCGGUGGCGCACUAAACUACGGGUUCGCACAGAUAACCUCCGGCUCCCUACGACGCUGGCAAUACAUCUACCUCCUCGCCGGCUGUCUGACAUUCCUCUUUGGCAUUUGGUGUUUCUUCAUCCCAAACUCCUGUGCAGAAGCUUGGUUUCUCACCCCUCACGAACGCGUCGUUGCUGUUGAACGGCUCCGAAAGGGAGCCACAGGCGUCCGCUGCCAGAAAAUUAAAACGUAUCAACUCCGCGAAGCAGCCACAGAUGUCAAGUUCUAUCUCAUCUUUCUUCUGAUGGCCUCUGCAUAUACCGUCAAUGGCGCCGUCUCUGGUUUCGGUCCGCUCAUUGUGAACACGUUCGGUUGGUCGACCCUUGCAUCUAUACUCUGGCAGUUUCCGCUCGGACUCAUCUGUCUCGUUACAAUACUACUUUGUGGUUACUUGUCCUCGCGAAUACCUAAUAUCCGUCUUAUCCUCCUGAUCUUGCACUGUCUCCCCGUCAUCGCGGGAUGCGCCAUGAUCUGGAAGAGCGAGUGGACGUACCAUGCGGCCACACCCGUCGCUGGAUACAGCAUUAUUGGCACGUUCGGCGCGGUUGUCAGCCAGACCAUCGUUGUGGCCAUGGCGAAUGUGAGCGGAGCAACGAAGAAGAGUGCGAUGGCUGGUACGGUGUUUGUUGCAUAUUGUGUGGGGAACAUUGUAGGCCCGUUGUUGAUCAGAAGCCAGGAGAAAGGGAAGCACUACCCUAGAUUGUGGACAGGUUUGAUCAUCUGCUAUUGUAUCACAAUCACCUCCGCUGUAGCGCUCUACGCUGUUCUUGCAAGGGAGAACAAGAAGCGAGACGCUCUGGCCGUGGAUGAAGAAGAGAGGGACAAACUUGCUUUUAUGGAUUUGACGGACAAGGAGAACAUGUAUUUCAGGUACGUUUUGUAAAGUGUUUCUGGCUCUAUUCUGUUGGACCAAUAGGGUCCUUGUCGGAGCAAUUCAAUUCGCGGUCAACUGUAUGAACAUGAGAAUGUAUGUAUAUUGAUAGGAGUUCGUCCAUCUUACUACUACAAACUAGUUCAGGCGAUCCAGAAGCCUGCUCAAUUUGGGACUUCGCUCAAGCGUACGUCACUCGCAUACUUCAACGCAAACCUCCACCAAUCUAUAAGAAACGCCAGCAACAACUUGUUCGUUUGCUCUCGUUCGUAAACCCCCCAGCAGUAUAAACAAGAAAAAAGUAACAAUGUUCGCUUCCAGAACGCCGUUUGGCUCGGACCCCUCAAAAGGUCGAGCAACUCCAAAGUAUGUGCUUACUUCUUUGCCCCUCGCCGUAUGGGGUCGUCACAUUU